CCCCUCCCCCUUUCUCUCUCUCUCUCUCUCUCUCUCUCUCUCUCUCUCUCUCCUUCCCAAGAAAGCCUUUCAGGAGCAGGGGCCACCGUCUAAUCCGUUCCCCACUGCCGAUCUCGGAUUCUUCGUCGACCGAGAAAACCUUUCCCGAUCUCGGAGUUGACGAAAGGACGGAAAUCACUCUGUUGGUCUUGCGAUUUUCGUGCGACUACGGUGGGUGGGUUGCGCCGGUCUGGAACUCCUCCACUGGUGGUAUGCGGCGGCGUGAAGAUGUGGGAGGAAGUGGGUUGAUGGGUAACGAGAGAAGAACACACGGUUGAGAGAGAUGAAUGGUCUGGUUUCUAAUUUUGCUUUGGUGCGAUGCAAUCCACAGAUGAAGAUGUGUGUUUAGUGACGUGUCAGCUCUUUAUUGGUGUCCAUUAAACUCAAUAUAUCGGAUUGACCUGCCUAAAGAGGAACUCUUGUUAAAAACUAAGGUUACUGUAUAGCAUAACUCCGAAACAUUGUAUGUUGCUUGCAGCCAGCACGCAUAGAGGCCGAGUAUGUUUGGUAUUUCAUAUGGAGAGCUCUUCCUCUUGAUUGGUGCCACCGCUGCCCUCGUCGGCCCAAAGGAUCUCCCAAUUUUAGCUAGAACUGCGGGGAGGUUAGCUGGCCGAGCAAUCGGGUACGUUCAAUUAGCUCGUGGGCAAUUCGACAAUGUUAUGCAGCAGUCUCAAGCUCGUCAGGUUCACAAAGAACUUCAAGAUACAAUGGCUCAACUAGAGGUUAUUCGACAUGAAAUCCGAGGUAUCUCUUUUAUUAAUCCUGGCCCUUUGACUCGAAGGCUGAUGGACGAACCUAAAGAUCCUGCUUCCAACAUGGAUUCUGCAGGCAAUAGGCCACCUGAUAAGUGUGAAGAAGCACAGAAGCCUAUAAAUGCUAUGAUGAAGGACUAUAAAACCUCAGGUUUUGUUGAUCUACAUAGUCAAGCUACUGCUUAUGCUAGAUUGGCUGAGUCUGAAACCUUAAAGACUGGUUCUUUGAGUAGCAUUACCGAAAAAGAGAACAUCAUUGAUGAAUCUACUCUCUUCACUGUCCUCCCAAUUUCAGCUGAAAGCGCUGGGAUGCUACCAGAUCGGAAGGGAAGUACAAAAGGAUCAGACAUUGUGUUGGAAGCAGUACUUGAAGCAGAAGUAGCACGUAAUGCCAAAGAUUUCUUUUCACAACCCCAAAAUCAAAUAGAUCGAAUAGAUAGUGCACCCUCCAAUUAUUAAAAGGGACACAUGCACCUCUAACCACCAAGGACUGUCAAAUAACACUGCAUUAAAGCAUGAUGGUGAAAACUAAAAAGGAAUGUCUCCACCGGCUGCCAACAGUUUCUUCGAAAUUAUGCUGAACGGGUUGGCUAAUCCCCUCCCCGUUUUAGCAACUUAUCCCAAGGUCUUCUCACCAAGAGCUCCCUGGCAAUGAUAGAGAAACCAGCCUGCCUGCUGUGGCGGGCGGCUUUUUUGUUUCACAAUAAGACCCGGAUGAUGAUCCCUACCCUCGGGUAGUUUGCAAGUUUACGUCCAUCUCUGGUCAGGUACAAUUUCCUUUCUUUUCUUUUUUUCUAUUUAAACUUUCAGAUUUGGACAAAAGGUUCUAUUUGACAUAAAGGUUCUAGUUGGAAGGUGCAAUGUUUCGCUUUUGGUUGUUUGGAGUGUAAAGAAAUAAAACACUUGUUAAUUGGAGGGUGGAAUAUCUAUGCCAAAAGAAAAUUUACGUUCAUAUUUCAAAAUUUCUAGUGAAUUCUAUGUGAGACUGUAUAUUGUUAAUGCUGAUGAAGAUGUCAAUGGUUGAGAUCGUUACCAUGUAAA